UUGUUUCAGACAAAUCUGCCUAUUUUCAAGCUGAAGGAAUCUACAGUUAGAAGAAGAUACAGUGACUUUGAAUGGCUGCGAAGUGAAUUAGAAAGAGAGAGCAAGGUUGUAGUUCCCCCACUCCCUGGGAAAGCAUUUUUGCGUCAACUUCCUUUUAGAGGAGAUGAUGGAAUAUUUGAUGACAAUUUCAUUGAAGAAAGGAAGCAAGGGCUGGAGCAGUUUAUAAACAAGGUCGCUGGUCAUCCUCUGGCACAGAAUGAACGUUGUCUCCACAUGUUUUUACAGGAUGAAAUAAUAGAUAAAAGCUAUACUCCAUCUAAAAUACGACAUGCCUGAAAUUUGCCGAGAAGUGGCAAAAAAAACUUUCUGUGACUAUGAAUGAUCGUAUGCGCCAGUGAAGAAGCUCUAACUAACCUAGCAUGCUGCACAGAAACCGGUCUAACAUGCCUGCAGUUACUAACACUCAUGCGCUCUGCUCUGUUUUGUUUUGCUUUGGCAGUUGACAAGAAGUUAAUUUGCUUUAGUGAAAUCCCUCAUUCCAGCCUUUCUAUAGAAUAGCUCUUCCUGGCUCUUAAUGUGCUGCACACUCUCGCCUCACACACCUGUUAUUCCAGCAUAAUCCGCAGUGUCCCGACUAAAGUUACUGAACUCGUCUCAGCUGCACAGUUUUUGUGUCAUGUUUGCUUCUUGAAUCUGAUUAACUAGAAAUCUUCUAUCCCCUUUUUAAUAUGUGAUGUCCCUGACCUAACUUACGUGUAGGAGCUCUGACCACUGGUUGCCAGCAUCCUGCACACAAGACACACACUCGUAUGCAGAAUGUAUCCCUUCAGGCUUGUAAUGCCCUUCACAUGGAAGAUCAAUGAGGGGAAUCUUUAUAUUCUGUACAAAAACAAAAACAAAAUUAUAUACUAAAAUCAUUUGUCUAAAAAUUUAAGUUGUUUUCAAAUAAAAAUAAAACUGCAUUUCUGAUAUGCACUGA